UGUACUUCAUGUAUAAACAACAUACUCGCCUGCAUGCACAUGGUGAAUAGCUCAGCUUAGUUGCAAUUUCUUUAUAUGUGGAGGAGAGAUCGUGUGGGAGUCUUGAGUGCGAGUGGAUGUCUGUGUCAUUGGAAUGCCGACUGAAUUCAUCGCAGACUCCAUUAUUCAACUCCACAGUCUAGUCUAAGGUUAUAAUGUCAGUCAACAUAUUAAGAGUGCUUCGUAAAAGAAACAAGAGCGAUGCUAAAAGUGGUCGGAAAUCAACGUCCACCGCCCCGGACCCCCCAAAGCAACGGAAGGGAAACUCCCUCUCUGCACCCCCAGUAGAGGUGUCUAUACUAGCCUCACCCUCACACCAGCAUUCCAAGAGAAAGAUCUCGCUGAAUAUGGACUCCCCCAUUCAUAGUCGUCCCCCGGCAAGUCCACUGGUCACCAAAUCAUCGUCUGUGGGUAACUUCCGCCGUGAAAGUUCCCCCAAUGUGCCCAACACGACUCCUGCGGUACCAACAGUGAAUAUUAUGUCGUACCCCGAUGACUCUCAAGCGCUGGAUCGACAAGGAAUCAUCGAUAUCACUGUGGAUGUGCAGAACUUUCUGGCUGCAAUUUCAAGACUCAAGCAAGCAAUGGAAGACCUUGAUAAUGACAUUGAUGAUGUUGGUAGUCGUGGUGAUGAGGUGACUGAGCCGCCACCAGAUAUUGUCCUCAAGAGACUAUCAGAGCUGGUACAGGUGGUACAGACUUGCCUGGGCCAACACCCUGGCAUGCAGAGCACUGAGAUCAAGAACACUGCCAUGACACUCAUGCAGACUUAUCAAGACUGCCCCCACCGCUCUGCCUCCAUGUGUCCUGGGUGUGGUAAUGCUAUUGACUCGCUCAUCGACGCCUUCACUAGCAGCGUCUCCGAGCAUCUCACCGGAGAGUCAGUCCAGCUGCCAUUACCACAGCGGAAGGUACUGGAGAAGAGUGGUCUAUCUCACUCACAUCUCAAGGGGUUCUCAAAGUCACAUGACAAUCUGGCCGUCAAAUACAACAGUUACCUCGACCUGACGCAGCCAACCGGUGAUGAAGCAGUGCUAGCGGUGGACCAGAUUGACCAGGCAUUGUCCGAGGUACAGGGGAGUGUGGAAGUGGCUAGCAAGUACCUCAAGUCACGGAUCAAGUACCACAGAGAGGUCACCUCCUACCUCAACAAGAGAGCUCAGAUCGAGGCACGAUAUCAUCAGCAAAUGUCCAAGUUGUGUAAGAGCACACAGGGUGCACUGAAGGAGCUGAGCACUCACGAGCCGUGUCUGCCACUCAUGGACGUGGUCCAGGGUUCUAUUGAACAGGACAUGAAAUUUGCGACCAAUUGCAAUGCAACGUACAACUUUCAAGUGGGAGGCAAGAUCACCGAUAUAUUGGAGCAGAAGAACAGUGAGUAUGACAAGAGAAGGAAGGAGUACACUCAGACCUGGGCCAAAGAGGAGAAGAAACUGGCGGAUGCUCGGUCAAGCAUGAAGGCAGCCAAGGCCAAGUACGAGUUCCUGGGGCAGGAUCUGAUACGCGUCAAGAACCUGAUCUCGCUAGAUCCGUAUGGGAAACAAGCCGACAAACGGAAGAAGGAGGCGGCCGACUACGAAACCAAGUGGCAAGAUGCUGAGAUGGCCUACAAGAAUACACUGGCUCUCUGCAAUGACUGUCAGUAUCAAGUACACGUUGCAGCCAAGAAAUCGAUCCUCUGUGCUUACAGGCGAAUUAUGAUAGAUGCCGAUACACAACUACAGAAUGGUCUUGAGACAUACUUCAUACUACAGCACAACUUCUUCCAAACACUCACUGAACCUAUGGUACAGAGUCUUGGAGCGGUGCAGGAUUACGGUCUGGGGUCAGAGUUCAUGAACCAUAUCAGUCGUCAUCCUCGACAAGCCGAGGAGUUGGAGGAUUAUCUCUUUGAAGAAUUUGACCCUGAGGCUGCUGAGAUGAAUUGCCUGCUCACUGACAGGGCUAUCCCUAACUCUGUGUCCAACGAUGCCUUCCUGCCUGGAGAUGGCCCCCCGAGGGAGCGUGCCUCUAGUCCCAAUAUCCACCACAUCUCCCACACACCCAACCAUGAAGCACGGUCCUAUAGUCAGGGGCAGGUCUCCCCUCACAUCAGCAGACCAAGGCCACGAUCCAUUGCACAUCUCAUAAGCGACACAGACGCUAAGGACUCAAGGAGAUUGAGUGACAUCUCCGGUGCGACCAGGGACGGUGGUACCACUUCCCCUCCUCUCCCAUUCGAUGACGAUGUUCCCAUGUCGAGGAACGCCAUGGCCCACCCCUUCAAGAAACUGAGAGGACCUGCUCGCUGCAGAGAGUGUGACACUUAUGUGUACUUUCACGGCUUUGAAUGCGAAACAUGUGGUCUGGCCUGCCAUCGCAAAUGUCUGGCCAAUCUUGCCAUCAAGUGCGGGAGCAAACGUCUGGCUAGAAAGAUGAAUACGUUUGGGGUUGAUUUCCAGAAGCAUCUCAAAGCCACCAAACGGUACAUCCCCAUCAUUGCCACAGAAUGUAUCGCCGAGUUAGACCUCAGAGGAUUGGACACCCGAGGAUUGUAUCGUAUCUCAAGUGCAAAGUCGAAACUGGAGCAUUUGUGUCAGUUGUUUGAGACAGGAGGGGACAGGGUGGACCUGACAGACCGCCCCGCCCACCUUAUCGGCUCUUGCCUUAAGCUCUAUUUCAGACAGCUUCCGGAACCGCUACUGACCUUUGCACUCUACCAGGACUUCGUAACCUUUGCACGUGAGGCGUCGUACAUCCUGCCUUGUAAGAUCGAGUCCCUUACCGGAGAGAAAGCUGAGUCAGCAAAGAAAAUGUUAGAUCGUUUGAAAGGUCUCCUCCAAAAACUUCCCUACGAGAACUACAUCACCUUAGCAAAGCUGCUCUACCAUCUCAACAGAGUGAGCAGUCCUGAACACGUGAAGAACAACUUCAUGCCUCCCAGCAACCUGGGUAUUGUGUUUGCACCCAAUCUCCUUAGACAAAGGGAGAUGGUUGCCUCCCUGAGGCUGCUAGCGGACAUGACGGCACAAGCCAAGGUAGUCGAGAUCAUGAUAUCCCACGUCCCCGAGAUAAUCCACGUGCCUGAUGACCAGAUCAUGGACCAAGAUGUGGAGGUCAGCAUUAACAAGGAAGUGCUAGUGGACGACCCAGUCAAAUCACCACUAUUGGAUAAUGAUGAUGCAAUGACUGCCGAGUCUCGGACCCCCAACACCACACCCCCUGAGAGACGAAGGGAGAAUGUGUCCGAGCUCUCUGACGUGCUCGAUGCACUACAGCUAGUAGGCAGGAGAAACUCACAACCAAAUAUCUCGCUGAUAAAACCCCCCCAUCCUCAACUGCUGGAGGUGAGGAACUCAUCCGCCUCAAUCAGUGCUCCCGUGUUCUCUAACCUGCCCUUAAAUGUUGGUACCGGUGAGAAGGACCAACUGACAGCCCUUGGUCGCUGGUUAAGAACUCCUGCUACACACACUCCAACAUUGGAGAAAAUGCUCACACCCGUUCAGGAAAGACAAAGAGAGACCGACUCAGAGUCUUCAGACGAUGACGACGAAAACAGUAUUAUCAUUUCCGGCAGUCAAAAAUUGGAUCACAUUUUAAGCCGCUCAGAAUCAGGCCUUUCAAAUCCAAGCAUGUCUUGGACUUUGUUUGACGAUGCAUCUGAAGUUAGCAGCUUGAGGGACAGUAUUUCAAUUCUCUCCGAAGAAGAUAACUCUCUGCCACGAGGAUUUCGCAUGAAUGGAAACAACGAUCGUAAGAACUCAAAAGAAGAGCUUUGUGAGUCAGCACAAUUGAACCACAAAGAAUCGUCCCAAGGCAGUGAUGACUCCAGCCCUUUUGUGGACAAUAACAUAGCAGCAGAUUAUCCGACGUCACCAAUGUCAGGUCCACCGAUACGUAUUUUGGGCGAAACUGAAGCAGAACUAAUGGACAUGAAUCGUCAAAAAAUGUCGAUUAUUUCGAUUGAUGAAGGUAUUAUAUUUGGUGCUGAUGCCUCCACACAGAGUCCUACAAGUACGUCUGAUGAUAGGCUGUUAUUCGAAGAAUUUGAAUCACCAGAAUCCACUCUGAAACCGAGCAAACUGAAUCGGUACGAACGAUACGAACGCUAUCGAAUGGCCAAUCCGAUUGGGGAAGGCGAGGUUACCAUAGAGCAGUCCCAAGGCUCUACACAAGACAGUGUAGGGACACUGACAGAUGGCGUGCCCUCGGAAAUAGACGAAACAUCACCAACUGAAUCGCAGAAAGAGUAUGAAUGCGAGGACAAUCAAAAUGGAGACGAGACUGCCGAGGGAUUAAGUGAAAACUGGGAAGCAAUGAGAGAUACCCACAAGCAUAUUGAUAGUGGGAUUGAUGACAGAGGUUCCCCAGAUACCAGAUCAGAGAAGAGCAGUAGUCUAAAGCGAGCAUCGUUCCCAGAGAUUAUUGGAUUACGUAAUUACAGACAAUUGGUGGAUUUUGACAGUCAAGAAUCGGGCCUUGCUGACUCACCAGAUUCUGCCUCCCUGCUGAAUGAACCACAGCCCCUGACCGUCAUCACCGGACCCCACUCUCCACCUGAUACACACUCACUCGUAACACACGUACUACGAUCUCCGACAGAUCCACUAGCCCAGCAGUUUAUGACUUCCGGUACCUCAGCUGAAUUUGCCUCAAGGGAAAGACGAUCAAAAUCGAGUGAGCCCGAUUUUGGAGGCACACGCAAGCAAUCUGAUUUUGAGGUUGUUGUCGAUUUAAAUACGGAGCAACCACAACUUAUUUCUAACGAAUUGGGAGCCUCUGUCGAGAGCAUAGACGGUUGUGAAACUGAUGAUUGCCUGACCAAGUCAAUGUCAGCUCCUAGAAGUUUAGAGAGUGUGGCGUUCAGUUCUAUUGCGCGGAAUCCCAUACAGCGACACUCCACGUACGACUCCAUCGUGGAGAAACGACCUCGAGCAUCCAGUGUUGAGCCAGCUUCACCCAAAUCAACCAGUACCACAAGUUUCUCCCCUAAACACGAACUACACUACAAAGCGUUGGCGAAUGCUCGCAGCACGACUGUCAUCUCUCCAGCGCAUUCAACAUCCACUGCUAGCAGUGAGAGCGAUCUGAGCCUACAGGGAAAAUCUCUUUCCAGAAGUUUGAAUGCAUUGACUUCCUCCUCCCCCACGAGCAGCCCGAACGGUUCUAUGAAGAAGAAGAAGAAAUGGGGCAAAAGACUGCAAAGGACUUUCAAACCUGCCCUCCGUGUUCUCAAGAUAACUCCUAAUAAUACACCAAUUACUGCAAACAGAGAAGACAUUGUACGCGAUAUUCACCUCUCCUCGCACACACCUGAAGCCUCCCCCUCUCCGUCAGAAAUCGAGACCAAUCGGGUGCGUAUGGUCAGCCCGGACUCCCUAUCAAAUGUUGCUAAAAAGUCAUCACGUACAAUGCAACGUUCACGUAGUUGCGACCAUCUGUUGGAAUCUUCAAACUGUACUGGCAAUGCCCCGAUUGCAAUGGGGUCACUUCAAGUCAUAACUGAGCCCAAAUCAAAGUCGAAAAAGGCAAAGUUUUUCUCAAAUUUCCAUGGACCUAAAUUUAAUAAAAGCAAGAACAAAGUAACUCCAACAGAAGAAACGCAAUCCGCUCCCCCUAAGAGGAGGAAAUCUACGGUUGAUUCUCCAGCAGGAGAAAAUCCAAACAAAAGUCCUAAAACUAGAAAGAAGUCGAGACUUCCUCAUUUUGUUUAACGUGUGCAGUGUUUGUUCAGUAGCAGUUUUUAUCACCACGUGUUGGCUAGCUAUGGCCAGACUGUAAUCAUUUAACAUUUUUCUGUCCACAGAUUUCCUGAUUUUUACGCAUCUAAAUACACUACUCUUGCGUGCACAUAUGUAGGUGUGAUGUAUGUUCACAAAUGUCUGUAGAAAUCACUCUUUUUAUUAUUAUUAUUAUUGAAUGCAAUUUGGCAAGUGA